AUGGAGAAGGUGAUGAAGCACUCGCACACGUUCAGCGCGCUGGUGCGCAAGUUCCCCAAGAAGCUCCAACACCAACAGCAGAACGGCGAAGAGGUCGCAGCUCUCACGGUGUCGGCCACGACUUCGCCUUCGUCGCUGCCCUCGUCGCAGCUCGGAUCUUUCUUCUUCCCGGCGCGGCUGCGGGACGACACCUGGGUCGAGCUCAACCACCUGUGCAGCCCGCUCCUCAAGGGCGACGGCAACUGCCCGCCGCAGCCGGACGAGCACCACAAGCGCGAGAUCGAGACGCGCAUCAAGCUUCUCCGCAACGUAGAGGAUUUCUGGGGCUUCCCCGGCCGAAGGAAUUUCCAUCAACUCGUGCAGCUCUAUGAGGAUGGACACUACCAGCGCUUCGCCGCGGCCGUGGCCCACAUCACCCCUGCCAUCAACGACCAGGUGUACCGCCAGCUGAGGUGGAAGGCGUUCGAUGUGGCACAGGUGUGGGAGGAGAAGGACGAGUCAAGCAGCCUGCUGCAGGAGGAGGACGGCGCCACCCACUGCCGCGGGUACUUCGAAGUGCUGGUCGUGGGAGUGGAGCAGGACUCGCACGGCCUGGCCCACUCGCUCAGCGAAGCGCGGUCCACCUCGGACAGCUUCACCUACAGCGCUUUGACUGUGGCGUCGCUCGAGGACGCGAUCUGCGCCAUCCUGUUCAACACCACCAUCCAGAGCGUGGUGGUGCGCAGCAACUUCCAGAUCCAGUCGCCCAACGGCCACGGCCAGCCCUCGUUCCACUCGUCUCCCUACCUGAACAAAUACGGUUCCCUGGGCAAGGACGAGCAUUCGCUGACCCAGCAGGAAGCGCGCACGAUGCUGCUGGCCCAAAUCAUCAAGGAGAUCAGGCCCGAGCUGGACAUCUUCUGCUUCAGCGAUCUGCCCGUGGAGCGGGUGGCCCUCACCCACAACAAUCAAUUCAACCGCGUCUUCUACAACGAGUCCAACGACGCGCAGGAGCUGCACCUCUCGAUCCUGCAGGGCGUGCAGGCCAGGUUCGAGACGCCGUUCUUCAACGCUCUGGUCAACUACAGCAAGAACCCCAUGGGUGUCUUCCACGCUAUGCCCAUCUCCCGGGGCGCCUCCCUCACCCACUCCCACUGGAUCAAGGACAUGUUCAACUUCUACGGCCGUAAUAUCUUCCUUGCGGAGACUUCGGCCACGUGUGGCGGGCUGGACUCGCUGCUGGAGCCGCACGGGACGAUCAAGGCGGCGCAGGAGCUGGCCGCGCAGACCUUUGGCUCUGACCGCUCGUUCUGGGUCACCAACGGAACCUCCACCGCCAACAAGAUCGUCGUCCAGGGACUCGUUCGUCCCGGCGACAUCGUGCUCGUCGACAGGAAUUGUCACAAGUCGCACCACCUGGGCCUGGCGCUGGUCGGCGCCUCGGUCGUGUAUCUGGAGGCGUAUCCGCUGCGCCAGUACGCCAUGUACGGCGCUGUGCCGCUGCGCACCAUUAAGGAGACGCUUCUCAAGCACAAGGCCGCUGGCACGCUCGCCAAGGUCAAGAUGGUCUUUCGUUCUCUUGUGCUGACUCGCUGCACCGACCGACUGGUCGCUGCCGCCCGAAGGCUCACGAACUGCACGUUCGACGGCAUCGUCUACAACGUGCAGCGGGUGAUGGAGGAGUGUCUGGCCAUCAAGCCCGACCUCGUGUUCCUGUGGGACGAGGCCUGGUGGGGCUUCGCCUACUUCCACUACCUCCUGCGCUUGAGGACGGCCAUGUAUGGAGCGCAGCAGCUCAAGCUGCGCUACCAGUCGGCCAGCUACAGGGCGGAGUACGACAACUGGGUCAAGGCCAACGACGGCGACGAGGCCAAGAUGUUCGACCCCGCCAAGCGGUGGCUUCCCGACCCCAGCACCGUCCGGAUCCGCGUGUACGCCACUCAGUCGACGCACAAGACGCUGACGGCCCUCAGGCAAGGGUCGAUGAUCCACGUCCGCGAUCAGGACUUCAAGCGAUCGGUCGAGCGUCCGUUCACGGAGUCGUUCUUCACCCACACGUCGACAUCGCCCAACUACCAGAUCCUGGCCAGUCUGGACGUGGGCCGCAGGCAGAUGGCCCUCGAGGGCCUGGAGCUCCACACGGAGAAGGCGCUGAUGAUGCGCAAGCAGCUGGCGGACAACCCCGACCUCAACCGCUGGUUCCACUUCCUGGACGUGGACGAGCUGAUCCCGGCCGAGUACAGGCAGGAGUCCGAGCUGAAGAGCUACGUCCACGUCACCGAUACGGAGGAGUCGUGGCUCGCCCUCCGGAAGGCAUGGCUCUUCGACGAGUUCGUGCUCGACCCCAACCGCCUCACCCUCCACAUCGGCAAGACGGGCAUCGACGGCGACACGUUCAAGACCAACUACCUCAUGGACCGCUUCCAGAUCCAGGUCAACAAGACCUCGAUCAACUCUGUGCUGUUCAUGCUCACCAUCGGCACCACCCGCAGCUCCAUCGCGUACCUGCUGGAGUCGCUCAUCAAGAUCGGAGAGCUCAUCGACGCCUCGCUGGAAGACAGGUCGCCCGCGGAGAUGAAGCUCCACGAAAAGAAGAAGUGGGAGCUCACGCAGAACAUGCCGCCGCUCCCCAACUUCUCCCACUUCCACCCCAAGUUCAGGAAGAGCACCAUCACCGAGGAGGGCGUCCUGCGCAUGCCCUUCUUCAUGGCCUACGAGGAGGAUGACUGUGACUACAUUCCGCUGCGGGACAAGAGGCUCGAUGACGUGAACAAGUGCGCGAUCCCUCUGGUCUCGGCCAACUUCGUGAUCCCGUACCCGCCCGGCUUCCCGAUCCUCGUCCCCGGACAGGAGGUGAGCCAGGCCAUCAUCGACUUCUUCCGUCACCUCGACGUGAAGGAAGUGCAUGGCUACGUGGCGGAGCUCGGCCUGCGCAUCUUCAAGCCCCACGUCGUGGAGAACGCGCACACACUCGACGCUUGA